AUGCCGCUGGGGCAGGAUGGGCCCAGCUGGAAGAAGAGGACCGAGGAUAUUCGGCGGAUCUACAACUUCCGAGAGGUCCUGGGCACGGGGGCCUUCUCCGAGGUGGUCCUGGCGGAGGAGAAGGCGACGCGGAAGCUGGUGGCCAUCAAGUGCAUCACCAAGAAGGCCCUGGAGGGGAAGGAGACCAGCAUCGAGAAUGAGAUCGCUGUCCUUCACAAGAUCAAGCACCCCAAUAUUGUGGCCUUGGAUGACAUCUAUGAGAGUGGCACCCACCUCUACCUCAUCAUGCAGCUGGUCUCGGGUGGGGAGCUCUUCGACCGCAUCGUGGAGAAGGGUUUCUACACGGAGCGGGACGCCAGUGCCCUGAUCCGGCAGAUCCUUGAUGCUGUCAAGUACCUGCAUGACAUGGGCAUUGUCCACCGCGACCUGAAGCCCGAGAACCUGCUCUAUUACAGCAUGGACGAGGACUCCAAGAUCAUGAUCAGUGACUUCGGGCUGUCGAAGAUCGAGGGCUGCGGCAGCGUCAUGUCCACGGCCUGCGGCCCCCCUGGCUAUGUGGGGGAGGCCCCUGAGGUGCUGGCACAGAAGCCCUACAGCAAGGCAGUGGAUUGCUGGUCCAUCGGAGUCAUUGCCUACAUCCUACUCUGUGGUUACCCCCCUUUCUAUGACGAAAAUGAUGCCAAGCUCUUCGAGCAGAUCCUGCGGGCUGAGUACGAGUUUGACUCGCCCUACUGGGAUGAUAUCUCAGACUCAGCCAAGGACUUCAUCCAGCACCUGAUGGAGAAGGACCCCAGCAAGCGCUUCACUUGUGAGCAAGCCCUGCAGCAUCCUUGGAUUGCCGGGGACACAGCCCUGGACAAGAACAUCCACCAGUCAGUGAGCGAGCAGAUCAAGAAGAAUUUUGCAAAGAGCAAGUGGAAGCAAGCUUUUAAUGCCACGGCGGUGGUGAGACACAUGAGGAAGCUGCAGCUGGGAACCAGCCAAGAGGUCCCUGGACAGACAACUCCCUCCAGCCCCAGCGAGCAGCUGUUGGGAGGGACCAGCAAUG